GGGGGGAGGAAAAACACUAAAGGGGUAGCUAUGGAGAUGGAGCGUUUUCCUGGCUGCUUUCUUUGACAGGUGUUGAGUGGGGCAAAAGUCUUUAAACAGAAUCCAGCAUGUACGCCAAAGGUAAAGGAGCUGUCGUCCCUUCCGAUAGCCAAGCGAGAGAAAAGUUAGCUUUAUAUGUGUAUGAGUAUUUGCUGCAUGUCGGCGCACAGAAAUCAGCACAGACCUUCCUGUCAGAGAUCCGAUGGGAGAAGAACAUCACACUUGGGGAACCUCCAGGAUUUUUACACUCAUGGUGGUGUGUAUUCUGGGAUCUGUACUGCGCCGCCCCGGACCGGAGGGAGACAUGUGAACAUUCCAGCGAGGCCAAGGCUUUCCAUGACUAUAGUGCGGCCGCUGCUCCCAGUCCAGUGAUGGGCAACAUGCCACCUAACGAUGGCAUGCCGGGAGGACCCAUGCCCCCAGGCUUCUUUCAAGGUCCUCCAGGAUCUCAGCCUUCCCCUCACACACAGCCUCCCCCACACAACCCCAGUAAUCCCAUGAUGGGACCUCACGGACAGCCAUUCAUGUCUCCACGGUACCCAGGUGGCCCAAGGCCCUCCCUCCGUAUGCCAAAUCAGCCUCCUGGGAGCAUCCCCGGGUCACAGCCUCUCUUGCCAAACAGCCUGGACCCCACCAGACCUCAAGGACAUCCAAACAUGGGAGGUCCAAUGAGAAUGAAUCCCCCUCGGGGCAUGGGAGGCAUGGGCCCACAGAACUACGGCGGAGGAAUGAGGCCUCCUCCAAACUCCAUGGGUCCAGGGAUGCCGGGCAUGAACAUGGGUCCUGGUGGAAGAGGUCCAUGGCCGAACCCCAACACCAACUCAAUAGCUUAUUCAUCUUCAUCUCCAGGCAACUAUGUGGGCCCUCCAGGGGGAGGCGGCCCACCAGGAACUCCCAUCAUGCCUAGCCCCGGAGAUUCAACAAACUCAAGUGAAAACAUCUACACAAUGAUGAACCCCAUCGGCCCUGGUGGAAAUAGACCUAAUUUCCCAAUGGGACCGGGUCCUGAUGGGCCCAUGGGUGGAAUGGGUUCUAUGGAGCAGCAUCAUAUGAACGGAUCACUAGGCUCUGGUGACAUGGAUGGGUUGCCAAAGAAUUCUCCCAACAACAUGGCAGGCAUGAACAAUCCUCCCGGCACUCCGCGGGACGACGGCGAGAUGGCAGGCAACUUUUUAAACCCAUUCCAAAGUGAAAGUUAUUCACCCAACAUGACGAUGAGUGUGUGAUUUUUUUAUUUUAUUUUAUCUUUUAUUUUAUUUUAUUUCUUUUUCAUCUUCCCUUAAUCCCAAUCUCCCUCUCCCAUCCACCCUGAUGCGUCUUGCAUUACCCUCCUCCCUUCCUACCUCCUCCUCUUUGUGGACGGUGUGCUGUGCCACACAGCCCCUGGGGAUGCCCCUGGAAAGCAGAACUACCCUCAAGGCCCCCCAUCCCAACGCCUGUAAAAUGGGUGUAAGAACAUGAAAAGGCCUCCAAGCAACAGGAAGGGUCUCUUCUUGCUUCUCCUCGCCUGCCGGGCCUCGACACGGGCCCUAGGACAGUAAGAGCCUGAAACUGCUCCAAGCCUGUCUCUCCCAAACCCAAAAUCUGCCCUCAUUGGGUGGCAUUCAAGCCCAAUCAAGAUGCCCCUCUGCAUCUACCACCACUCCAUUAUAUCAUGCUGAUCAUAACUUAUGAGGGCACGCAGUUGUUGACUGACAGGGGCCGAAAACUCUCAUUCAAAAACUCUGCUCCUGUGGCGGGAAUGAUUUAAAAAAAAAAAGAAAGAAAAAAAAAAGAGAAAAAAGAUGAACUGAUAAUGUUAAUUUAGGGCAAGGAUGGUUUUCAUUUAAUGUUGUAUGUAUGUAUUUUGUAUAUUGUUGGUAAUAUUAUUGUUAUAAUUUUCAUAAUUGAUACUAUUCUACUAAUGUAGUUAUGAUUUCCUGUAAAGGGCACAUUUUAUCUUAGCAGCAGCAUCAACAAUGACAGAAUAAGCACACACUUGGAAAAAAUGCACAAUGAUUUUCUGUUUACAUGAUUUUAGGUUAUUUGAUGUUUGUUUUGUUUUUGUCACAGUCGGUCUCAAUUCACAUACCUCUCCUCAAAACUUCUUCUAAACUUGUAGCUUGAGUCUUUGCCAUCUAAAUGUUUGUAGCACCAUUAGCAUAAACCUUCAAAGUAAGAGUGAUCGGGGUUAUUGACUGUCUUCACCUAAUGAAUUAGUUUGUGCUGAGGUGUUAGUAUCUUGGCUAAAACUAUCCAUACAGUUAAAACAGAGGCUUUCUCAGAGCUUUGUUGUUUUCUGGUACAAAGUGUCUGCUGAUGCACCUGAAUGAUCGUAUGUUUAGCUAUCUUGUCUUAAUAAGCACCCCUUUUCACAAUUUUCUAUGUUUUUACUGCGCGGGAACGGCUCUGAUGAAAUCCUGAGAUGAUUGUCAGGACAGGUGCCAGUUCUCAUUCAGUAAUAGACAGAGCGAGAGACCAUCUCUUCUAUGGAUUUGGUCUUGUCUGUAAAUACAACAUAUUUAGCUUGUAUUGUGGUUGUUUUAUUGUUUGUUAUUUACAAGUUGUCUGUGAAUCCUAAAACAUGGUUCCUUCCCCUUCAUUGCUUUGUUUGAUUUCAACCUCACCGUGGACUCCAAGUGGCACUGUUUUCCUCCCAAGAUUCAUUCUGGUCUCUCGCUGAUGUCUCCUUUUGGACUGGGAGAUAUUGUGGGACCUCAGAUACACUUAUGAAGCCUGCUUUCUUGCUUUGAGUUUGGGUUGAACUCACAGAUCCUGUAUGAUCUACAAGACGGGCUAAAUAACUGUCUCCUUGGAGCUCCCAUCGACCGGUUCCCUCAGCAAGUCCCGUAUAUACGGGAUAAUGGAUCCAGAGUAUUGGGAGGCUGUAGCAGCGCGGAUGAUGGGAGCAGAUGCACCUUGGGGUUAACAGACCAUGCAGCCACAUCGGUCUAUAGAAGAGGAACAACAAUGGGAUACUUUUGUAAUGGAUAUAUUUCCAUUUUUGUGGAUUGUUUUCAGCAGAUUGUUUUUAUUUUAAAUGUUUUCAACAGAAAAAAAUUAAAGCCCAUAGAAUCUGCACACAAAGAAAAGCAUGGUUACAUAUCACACUAUUUAAUUUGUUUCUUUCUGUAUGUUAUGUACUCUUGGCCUGAUCAACUCUCUGUCACUGUUUCAAAGGGAUAAUGAUCUCUCAUGGCAUCACACUGCAGCACUUGUGUCAUGGCUGUGUUCAAACCAACAAUAAUUAAACAACCAUUGUAGCCUCUAUGGGUGACGGUGACGUACUUAUCAAUUUUCUGAUAUCAAUGUGAACAGAUUGUACCCAGAGUUCAACAGGGACAUCUCCAGGAUUUGGCUAUCGGUAGCCUGGGAAACUCUCUCUCCAGUGUUCUUUCAAUGUGCUGACACACACCUCCCUUCUUUCCUCCAACUCCACCCCACCCCCCACCCCCACCCCUCUCUCUUUAAUUUCCUUUUUUGUAAAUACUGUAUAAUGCAUUUUGAUAUCAUUGACAUGUUUUGAUAUGUCAGUCACUACCAAUGAAUACAGCUGAAAGUAAAUUAUAAAUAAAACUGUCCAUGUUUUUCAUAGAGAACGGAUGUGCUGACUAUUUGGCUCAUGUGGCUAAAUUUACAUAAAAAAUGUAUAGAAUACAGUAACACAAUAAAUGCAGACUGUAUGCUAAAGACUUGUAUGCUGGGGAGGAUAGGACAGAGAGAGGACAGGACAGAGAGAAGCAAACAAGCUGUGGCGUCCUCACUCUGCCCUUGUCUCCUUAUGUUUCAGUUAAAUGUUACUAUUGGCUUUGGAUAAUCAUUUGAAUACUUUUUCCAAAGCUUCUCACAAAAAAAACAUGUGACCUCUCAUUGCAGUUUUUAAUAUGAAGGAUUUUUAUCAAUUUAAGAAAACUUUUAAAAAGGUAAAAAUACUUAAGAGAACCUAAUUUUAAAUUAAGAAGAGAUCAAAAAGUAACAGUGUCCUUUGCUAUUCGCUCCUGUUAUAGCGUUGUAUAGAUUGAAACUCUCUCACUGAUCCUCUCUCAGUCCUCUGUGUAUAUCGAUCGUUGGCCAUCUCUGUACUUCUAUUGUGAUGUAUAAUACUGUACCAUUAGGAAGAUUUGCUGGUCGGGUGGGGUGGUUAUGUGGAGUCGGGGAGGGGUGGGGAUUCAAGGGAAGGGGAUAUGAAUGAUUCUCCUGUACCGUUCAUGGUCCUUUCUGAUGACACGGCAGUAUUCAAUAUGAAGCAGUCUGUCUCUUGGGUUUGCUUUGUAUUUACAUGGUAGGAUAGUUCAGAAUCUUGUCUUAGGGACUUAGGUGUCUUGUGUAGGUAAUAAAGAUGUUCUUUGUAUGUUUCUUUAUAUUGUAAAGUUUCUUUAGACUGAAAGAAAAACAGAUAAUUUGCUUAUCAAAAAAGAAACAAUGCAUCAAUAAUAAAUGUCAUUUGAUUUUU